AUGUCUUCACCAUCAAGCGAACCCGGAGGACUGCCCAUUGAAAAGGAGCGAUUAUUGAGAAAGGCGCAGAAAGAGAAUCCGACUGCUUACUCAACUGUCGUCACUCUCACGGAUUCCGAUGAGGAGAUCGAAAUCAUCGUCCCACGUCAGCCAGAAUCGGUGGAAUCUCCAGGAUCGUCGUCAUCCGAUGCCUCAGCUCGGCCAUCUCCAGAAGUGCCGAAAGCUCCAGCGGUUCUACGGGACUCUGAAAUCCAGGAAAUUUCAAAUCUAGAAAAUGAGAACCGUCGUGAAAAUGAAGAAGAUGCGAUUGCUCUCAUCGGACAAUCAAUGCAUCCAACACGAGCUGCUGUCAAACAGCUAAGGGGCAAAAACCCAAACGAAGGUCAAGCUGGACAGGGAUGGACUUCUGGAGCACCGGCCGUCAAGAAACCAAGAAAGACUGCAAGACUACAACAAGUAAAAAGAGGCGGAGAUGGCAAGAAAUAA